AUUCGUGACUCCGAGGAGCUGGGACAGCAGCCGGCGCCAUGAGUUGUGGCGACCUUUUCCAGGUGUUCAGUACACGGGCCAUUGUGCCCCGAGCUACGCCAGGAGACCGGGCCACACAGCUUUGCCUGAGCCACCCUCCUCCCAUCCGUAAGCUGCUGGACUCCUACGAGGAGCUGCGAGGUGGCCUCGGGCACCAGCCCUUGAGGUCUUGCCUCUGUGCCGAAGAACCCGAGAGGCAGGAGGGUGCCAAGGGCUGUCGGGGUAAGAAGAAGAAGAAGGUGGUCUUUGCCGACAUGAAGGGCUUCUCUCUCACAGCCGUCCGGAUCUUCUCCAAAAUCGAGGAAGACCUGUGUGAUUUGCACCAUGCCCUGUCCAAUCUGACCAGCUUCCGGAACAAAUGUCGGGGCUCCCGGCUGGAGAUGAAGUACGUGCUGGACUUCUCCCAACCCUCUGCUGAUUAUUCGGCUUUCCGUAGCCGCUUACAGAGCAAUUUUGUUGCCUUGGAGAGCUGCCUGAUCCAAGAGAAAUCCCUUUCUGGGACUGUCAAAGUCAGAAACAUUAGUUACGAGAAACAAAUGUACAUCCGGAUCACCUUUGACUCCUGGAAGACUUUCCAGGACAUCUAUUGUCAGUAUAUGCACAAUACAUAUGGAUAUACAGACACGGAUACUUUUUCCUUCCAGGUAGCUCUGCCCAAAAGUCCAGUUCCUUGUGGGUCUGUUGAGUUUUGUAUCUCCUUCCAGUGUGGCUCAACAGUCUACUGGGACAACAACCAAGGGAAGAACUAUAGAAUACGCCAGGUGGUAGCUACUUCCCCUCCUGGUGCCCUUUCACGGCUGGCAAAGAGCACUCUUGGGGCUGGGGAGCCUCUGGGGACUUCUCGGGCUGCAGCUUUAGUCCUCUCUCGCUUGCACACCUGGCGGCGGUCAGAGAACCGAGACCCUUAUUGGUAGGAAGGUUUUGGAUUGCGCACUCUCUCUCUGCAAUUCCUGACAUUUCCUACCAGGUGCUAGCUGGUGGAGAGCCAGUUUGGUGUAGUGGUUAAGUGCGUGGACUCUUACCUGGGAGAACCGAGUUUGAUUCCCCGCUCCUCCACUUGCAGCUGCUGGAAUGGCCUUGGGUCAGCCAUAGCUCCUGCAAAGCUGUCUUUGAAAGGGCAGCUUCUGUGAGAGCUGUCUCAGCCCCACCUACCUCACAGGGUGUCUGUUGUGGGGGAGGAAGGUAAAGAAGAUUGUAAGCCGCUCUGAGAUUCAGAGUGAAGGGGGGGUAUAAAUCCAAUAUCUUC